UGACUGGUUUGUUUUGCUGUUGAAGGUGGAUUUCAGCAGUGAGACAGAAGGCUUCACGGGACGGACAACAGUUCAGGUUUUAGAAAACAGCGUUCGUGACUAACUCAUCUCCAGUGUCCACGCAGCUUGUACAUAUAAUAUUGUCUCAUUGAAGUAAUUACCAACAUGCCUUCAGAAAAGACCUUCAAACAAAGAAGGACAUUCGAGCAGCGAGUGGAUGAUGUCAGGCAGAUACGGGAGCAGCACCCCAAUAAGAUCCCGGUCAUUAUUGAGAGGUAUAAGGGGGAGAAACAGCUGCCCAUUCUGGACAAGACAAAGUUCCUGGUACCGGAUCACGUCAACAUGAGCGAACUCAUCAAGAUCAUCAGGAGGCGCCUGCAGCUCAACUCCAACCAGGCCUUCUUCCUGCUGGUGAACGGCCACAGCAUGGUGUCUGUGUGCACGGCCAUCUCCGAGGUGUACGAGCGUGAGCGUGACGACGACGGCUUCCUCUACAUGGUGUACGCCUCGCAGGAGACGUUUGGAGCCUCGCACACACACUAGAAACCCCGGUGGCCACCCGGCUGCCAUCAGGACAACAGUAUGACUUGUCGCCGCCUCAUUCCCAUGUAUGCCACCCCCACCGCAAUCUCGCCUCCAUCAGCUGUAUACCCAACCAAUGGGUGCCCCCCCCCAAAAAAAAACCAUUCCCAUCUUCAGCUUAUUGCUCCGUCUUAACUGCCCCCACCUCUACCCCCAAGUGCUGCUCAUAGAUCCUCAUAUAGACUAGAGAGUAAUUACUGGCCCUAGUAUCCCCCAUCCAUCCUGCUUGGUAGGUGAGCUGACCAGGAUGUGAGUGGUGAUCUGGCUGGAGCGCAGGCGACCGCCCACUACUGCUCAUUCAUUGUCAGGUGUUCAAAGGUAGUUCAACAUGUGUGUUUUCUACUUGAAAUCAGUGUGUGCGUGUGUGUCUGUGUGUUCGUGUUAGCUGGAUCACUGCGGCCUCGAGUGAAGCCUGCUGUUUAAAGUAGAUGCCCUGACACUGACCGAUCAAAGCCAUGACCAAUCAGCCGUUAGUCUCACUAUUAAGCUGUUGAUGUGACCAAUCAGCUGUCCGCCAAGGCUAACGGAAGACUAAUCAGAAACGGACACAGUGGGCUUGGGCCCUGCAACCCCCCAUAAUCACCAUUCAUUCAUACUUUAAUGAUAAAUGGGGAUGGUGUAGUUCAUUUUAGCCAUAGCUUUAUUUUAGUUGAAAGUCUAUUCGCUAAUAGCAUGCAUACAUAUUGUGGGUGUACGUACAUACAUACACGCACACGCACAUACACAUACACACACAUACAGUAGUGCUCCCUGAGGACUCCAGAGCACUUUUGGUGUCCUCUGUGUUGUUAAGUGAGGUCGAGGAAUUAGAGAUUUUGGGAUUUUCCGGUUUCCUCCUCACCAUCAUCUAAGUAUCCUGCCUUGUACAGUUCCUUCAACAGUGUUUCCUCACUGAAAGGAGGAAUACUUGGGUUUCUUACGGGGAAAAAAGAAAGAAAAAAAGCUUUGCUCUUUUAUGCCUGCUCAGAUUGUAGUGAGACGCUUUUUAAUGUAAAUGCAGACAGCGCAAGAUUGAAGAAAAACAUUGAUAUAAAAAAACUGUAAUGUCAGAAAUGUGUGAGUGAAUGUGGGGAUGAUUAGGUGUGGUUUCCGAUGAUGAUGAUGAUGGAGGUGGCAGUAGUGAAUGGACCUAGUGUUAUUUUAUCUCUGGAUUCUAUCUCCAAGUCUCCAGAGCUGUGUUGUGACACCCUCAGAGAAGUUCAAAGGUCAUUGGAAUGCACGUUGAGAGGAUGGUGUUUUGAGGGUCAUGUGGCUUUAUUAUAUGUCCUUGUGUGCUCUCCCACUUUCUCAUUAUCUCUUAAGUAAUUGUUUAAAGUUACAAGCAUUUUUAUCCUUAAGCAGUUAUCAGCUAUUCAUUUGUUUUUAUUUAAAUGGUUGUUCAUGUUUUAUGUGUAAAGAUGAAUCCAUAUAGUAAAGUACAGUCUGGAAUUAACAAAGCACAGUCUGAGGGAAAGACUUCAGGCUUUCAGCAAUAUUAUACAACUUUUUUUUCUUGUAUUUUUGUUGAUAUUUUAAACAAUAAAAUAAUAUUAUAAAUA